GCUCACUAGCUUUGGGAUGGGGCCGUAAGAGAGCAGAAAGACUGGGGGAAGAGACGUUUAGUUUGAGAGAGUGUUGAGGCAGGAUCAUGAAGGAAGAGGUGAAGAGAAUUCCUGUAAAAGUGGCACUACGCUGUCGCCCUCUGGUCUCUAAAGAGAUCAGUGAGGGCUGCCACAUGUGCCUUUCCUUCGUGCCAGGGGAGCCUCAGGUGCUGGUCGGUGCUGACAAAUCCUUUACAUACGAUUUUGUAUUUGACCCCUCUUCUGAACAGGAAGAGGUCUUCAAUACAGCCGUAGCACCACUCAUCAAAGGUGUGUUUAAAGGAUACAAUGCGACUGUUCUGGCCUAUGGGCAGACUGGCUCUGGGAAAACAUAUUCAAUGGGAGGUGCAUACACUGCAGAACAAGAGAAUGAAUCGACAGUUGGGGUUAUUCCUAGGGUAAUACAACUGCUCUUCCAAGAAAUUGAUAAAAAGAGUGACUCUGAAUUCACUCUGAAAGUAUCUUACUUGGAGAUAUACAAUGAAGAAAUCUUAGAUCUUCUAUGCCUGUCUCAAGAGAAAGCCUCUCACAUAAAUAUCCGGGAAGAUCCCAAGGAAGGCAUCAAGAUUACGGGGCUCACUGAGAAGACUGUUUUAGUUGCCUUGGACACUGUUUCCUGUUUGGAGCAGGGCAACAGCUGUAGGACUGUGGCCUCCACGGCGAUGAACUCCCAGUCCUCCCGAUCUCAUGCCAUCUUCACCAUCUCCAUAGAGCAAAGAAAGAAAAAUGACAAGAAUAGCAGCUUUCGCUCCAAGCUGCAUCUGGUAGACCUUGCUGGAUCGGAAAGACAGAAGAAAACCAAAGCUGAAGGGGGUCGUCUCAAAGAGGGUAUUAAUAUUAACCGAGGCCUCCUAUGCUUGGGAAAUGUAAUCCGUGCUCUUGGAGAUGACAGAAAGGGAAGUUUUGUGCCCUACAGAGAUUCCAAAUUGACUCGACUGCUUCAAGAUUCUCUAGGAGGGAAUAGCCAUACGCUCAUGAUAGCUUGUGUAAGCCCUGCUGAUUCCAAUCUAGAAGAAACAUUAAAUACCCUUCGCUAUGCUGACAGAGCAAGAAAAAUCAAGAACAAACCUGUUGUUAACAUUGAUCCCCAGACAGCUGAACUUAAUCAUCUUAAGCAACAGAUACAACAGCUGCAGAUUUUGUUGCUGGAAGCCCGUGCAGGGGCACUGCCUGGAUCUGUAAACGUGGAACCGUCAGAUACUGUACAAUCCCUGAGAGAGAGGAAUCAGUCCCUGGUAGAGGAGAAUGAAGAAUUAAGUCGGGGCCUGAGUGAGGCAAUUGGUCAGACAGUACAGAUGUUGGAGAGGAUCAUUUUGACAGAGAGAGAGAAUGAAAAACUGAACAUGAAACUAGAAGAGCUCAGGCAGCAUGCAGCCUGUAAACUGGAUCUUCAAAAGCUAGCAGAGAAAUUGGAAGACCAAGAAUUAAAGGAAAAUGUAGAGGUAAUUCAUAACCUGCAACAAAUGAUUAUCCAGCUAUUGCAUGAAACCAUACCUUCUAUGGUUGCACACAUUGGUGCUGCGGUAGAAGCAGAAGCUCAAGUGCAGACCAGUCCAGAGACCAGCAGGUCUGCUGAUGCUUUCACCACCCAACAUGCUCUACGGCAAGCUCAGAUGUCAAAGCAGCUGAUGGAGCUGAACAAAGCCCUAGCACUGAAAGAGGCAUUGGCCAGGAAGAUGACACAGAAUGACAGCCAACUGCAGCCCAUUCAGUUCCUGUACCAGAAUAACAUAAAAAACCUAGAACUGGAAGUCAUCACUCUACAAAAAAAAGAGCAAGACUUGAUCCUUGAACUUCAGACAGCGAAGAAGGAUGUCAACCAGGCCAAACUGAGUGAGCGCCGUCAAAAACAUCUCCGAGAGCUAGAGAGGCAAAUAGCUGAUUUGAAGAAGAAACUGCAUGAGCAGUCCAAGCUUCUGAAACUGAAGGAAUCCACAGAGCACACGGUGACCAAACUGAGCCAGGAGAUAGGGCUGAUGAAGCACCAGAGAGUACAGUUAAUGCAUCAGAUGAAAGAUGAUGCUGAGAAGUUUAGACAGUGGAAACAACAAAAAGACAAAGAAGUGAUCCAGUUAAAAGAACAGGACCGUAAGAGGCAAUAUGAGCUUCUCAAACUCGAAAGAAACUUCCAGAAGCAGGCCAGCGUGCUCAGACGUAAAACUGAAGAGGCCACAGCAGCCAACAAGAGGCUCAAGGAUGCUCUCCAAAAACAACAGGAGGUGGCGGAUAAGCGAAAAGAGACUCAGAGCCGCGGAAUGGAGAGCACCGCAGCUCGAGUGAAGAAUUGGCUUGGAAAUGAAAUCGAGGUUAUGGUCAGUACUGAGGAAGCCAAGCGUCAUCUGAAGGACCUCCUUGAAGACAGAAAGUUGCUGGCUCAGGAUCUGGCUCAAUUUAAAGCCAAAAAGGAAUCUGAGCAGAACCCCCCUCCUAAACUUCAGAGGCGCACAUUUUCACUGGCAGAAGCCCCUGUUCGAAUUUCAGAGUCAGAGGAUCCUAUCACAGAGCAGAUUGAAAGCCUAGAGACUGAAAUCAAACUCAGGAGUGCGCAGAUUGCUGACUUCCAGCAGAAGCUCCUGGACGCAGAAAAUGAAGACAGGCCGAAAAAGCACUGGGAGAGUAUUGGCACAAUUCUGGAAGCCAAGUGUGCCCUGAAAUACUUAAUUGGAGAGCUGGUCUCCUCCAAAAUACAGAUCAGCAAGCUUGAAAGCAGCCUGAAACAGAGCAAGGCUGGCUGUGCUGACAUGCAGAAGAUGCUGUAUGAGGAAAGAAGUCAUUUUGCAGAAAGAAAGAGAGAGCUGCAGGCUGAAAGGGUCAGAGUGGAGCAGCAGCACCAAGAGAAGGUGCUGUACCUUCUCGGCCAGAUACAGCAAAGCCAAGUAGCAGAGAGGCAGUUGGAGGAGUUGGUCAGUAGGAAAGAACAACAGCAGCUACGCCCACUGAAGGGUCAGGAUGAGGAGUUUAAGAAGAUGAAGGAAGUGUGCCAGCAAAAUCAGCAGCUGCUCCAAGAGAAUGAAAACAUCAAGCAGAAACUGAACCUCCUCCAAGCAGCCAACAGGCAGAAACCUUAUCUUGCUGAGGAUGCAUCUCUCUCUCCAGACUCUUCCUUUGAAUAUGUCCCACCUAAGCCAAAACCUUCCCGUGUUAAAGGAAAGUUCCUGGAGCAAAGUAUGGAUGUCGAGGAUCUAAAAUACUAUUCAGGGCAUUCUCUGAGUGAGGACGGUGAUGGUGAUGGUGACGAUGAGGAAUGGAAGCCAUCAAAGUUAAUCAAAAAAGGGUCCAGGAAGAUCACCCAAGGUUGUUCCUGCAAGGGCUGGUGUUGGAACAAACAGUGUGGCUGCAGGAAGCAAAAGUUGGAUUGUGGUGUGGCCUGCAGCUGCAGCUCCACAAAGUGUCGGAACCGCCAGCAAGGCCUGGAUGAUUUGGGCACUGUUGAGUGGAUCCAGGAUUCUGACAGCUCUUUCAAACUGGAGGACCCCACAGAAGUGACCCCGGGAUUGAGUUUCUUUAACCCUGUCUGUGCCACUCCCAAGAGCAAGAUCCUGAAAGCGAUGCAUGAUGUGGAGCAGGUGCUAUCACAGAAGACUGCUCCCCCGCUCUCCUCCUUUGACCUCUCAAGCUCCAAACAAGAAACAGCAGGAUACCAAGAAAAGGCUCCAGGGAAGAAAAAGAAGCGUGCUCUGGCUAGCAAUACCAGCUUCUUCUCUAAAUGCUCCUCUACAGAAGAAGAGGCUCACUGAGUGGGACUCAUGUCUGCAGCCUCUAGCCAGCCUUGGGAGACACAUUCAGGUUGCAGCCAGGGGCAGGUUUUGAAUGACUUCUCUACAUUUCAGGUGUCUUGCCGUUGAGCAGACAGAAUGUUACUGAAAGGAAAGGGAUCUUCACUGAAUUUUAGUCUUUGGUCUCAGCCUCAUCCCAGAGGACUUCUACUCUUUCUUCUCCAGACAGUGCUAAGCCACCUAUUGAAGAGAAAACUCAUUGACCUUCCUUCCCCCAGGGACCCGUCGGGAACCCAUCCCCAGGAGGAUGUGGCUCUUUCUUGCUUGUGAGCAGUUGUCUGAUUCCUGAUGCUGAGGAGGAAGAGGUUCCUUUAUGGGUCAUCUCAGCAUGAAGGAGGAUCUGGCCCAGAUCCUGGAUGGAGUCCUGCGCCCCACCCCAACAGCAGAGCUGGGAUCCUUUCUGCCCUUACUCUGAACUUGCAGUCUUUCAGCAGGACCUUCAGUUGUCUGCCCUGUAGUGAAGUGAAGGAAAUACUUUCCAAUGUUAAUUACAUAAAUAAAGCUUAAGGUGGAAAAAAGAAAAAUGUUUAUUUAAAUGUCACCCAAAAUGAUAAGAGGUCUGAUCAAACUCUUUGGAAAGAAUAUACUUUCAUAAAUAUUAAUGCCAG